AUGAAGGGGGAAUUCUCUCCAAAACUGGACUGUUGCCAUAAGCCCAAGCCUCUAGUGGACACAGGAAGCUCUCUGUCCCCCAAUCUGGACUUCCAGUUCUUCCAAGGUGACCAGGUUUCCUCAGCCUUCAGGCCACUACCAGACACAGACAUAGUGAAUACCCAUGGCCAAUCCUGUGCCAGCUGGCUGUGCCCCUUGCCACUGGUACCAGCCAGGUCUGCCCUGCUGGCCUGCCCUCAGGGCCUGGACCUCUACCUGUGCACCCUGCAACCAGCACUCCUGGGCACAGCCCCACAGGGCUUCAGAGACGACGCCUUGAAUACAAAGCACCAGCCACUGCGGUUGCAGGCCAGCGCCGCUGAUGACGAGAAACUCACAGCCAAGUACCCUUCAAGCAGGGAAAAGAUGGGAAGCCAGCUGGAAAGAGCUGGCGAGGGGCCCCUGCCCUCCCCACCUUGCAACAGCUCUUCCCCAACCCCUUGGCAAAAUCAAAAGAGCUCCAGCCCCUUGGCUUUCUGUCCUUGCCCCCCUCCCACCCCCACCUCCAAGGAGCUCCCAUUCUGCCUCCACCCCUUCUACCCCACAUACUCACUUCUGCCUCCUCUUUAUCUGUUCCCCUAUGGGGCCCUCCCUUCUGUCCAGUACACCCACCCCUUCAUGCUGCCCCAAGGUACCUCCUACCCCACUAUGGCUGUGCCCAGCUUGCUGAUGACUACCAAUGAGCCUGGGCAUCACAACACCCAUGGGGAGACCCUGCUCCCCAACCAAGGGGCCUUCCAAGCCUCUGGCCAAACCUUGCCCUCCCAGGCCCAGAAUCAAGGCCUUAGAGCCGCUCGGACUCGCUCCUCAGGGCUGGAGCAUGCUGGUGUGGUGGCUUCCACAAGGCGGGCCCCACAUGGCUCCAGGGCAGGCACUGCAUCCUUGCCUUACCCACUGAAGAAACAGGAUGGCAAGAUCCUGUACGAGUGUAACGUGUGCAGCAAGAGCUUUGGGCAGCUCUCCAACCUCAAGGUUCACCUGCGCGUGCACAGUGGGGAGCGCCCGUUCCAGUGUUUCCUGUGCAAGAAGAGCUUCACUCAGCUUGCCCAUCUGCAGAAGCACCACCUGGUGCACACUGGGGAGCGGCCCCAUGAGUGCCUGCUGUGCCACAAGCGCUUCAGUAGCUCCAGCAAUCUCAAGACUCACCUGCGCCUGCACUCGGGGGUCCAGCCCUUCCAGUGCAGUCUCUGCCCAAGUCGCUUCACCCAGCACAUUCACCUGAAGCUGCACCACCAGCUGCACACCCCGCAACCCUGCAGCCUCCCUCACACCCAUCUGCCCCUGGCCUCCCUUGCCUGCCUUGCCCAGUGGCAAAGGGGGCCACUAGAUCUUAUGGCAGCACCAUCAGGGAGAAAGGUGGGCUGGGACACAGAUAAGGACAAGGUGUCCUUAGCACCCCAGGGAAAGUAA